UUUGACCACACUCGCGGCUUUUUUUCCUUCCCUAGCAUUGACUUUCAUCUACUCUCGCCCCUUUCGCUGUUCAAAUUGGGUUUUAACUCUUAAAACUCUCAUUCAUGGCAGUCGCCGAAUUGCUUAGUCAUGGAAUUGGAGAUAUGUCCAUCACUGUGAUCAAACAUUGGCCUGCAAAGUGACAGUCAUUAAACUAAGAAGUCAUUGUGAGCUUGAGGUGUUUAAUGUGCUAUUUUAUUGUAUUAUCGACUUUCACCAGCCCUCCUGUCUGAUCAGAGCCCAGUCUGCACAAAGUGUCCUGGGCGCAUUUCAUUUACAUUCAUUAUACUUGGAAAUAUGGGGAGCAAGAGGUUUCCAACACGUUACUUGAUUGUAUUCUUGACAUUCAUCUGCACUUGUGUCUGUUAUAUAGAGCGUGUGGGCUUCUCUAUUGCCUAUACGGUUGCUGCUGAUGCUGCUGGAAUAAACCAGACGAGCAAAGGGAUGAUCCUUUCUUCAUUUUACUAUGGGUAUGCCUGCUCGCAGGUUCCCGGUGGCUGGGCCGCUCAGAAAAUUGGAGGAAGGCGUGUGCUUCUCUUUUCAUUUAUAUUAUGGUCUCUAACUUGUGCUUUGGUACCGCUUGAUCCAAAUCGAGAAAUUGUUUUGAUAAUUGCCCGCUUGCUUGUUGGGGUGGCCCAAGGUUUCAUCUUUCCCUCUAUUCACACUGUCCUAGCACAAUGGGUACCACCACAUGAAAGAUCAAGAUCUGUUUCUCUUACAACUUCUGGAAUGUAUUUUGGUGCAGCUAUAGGAAUGCUUUUGCUUCCUAGCCUUGUAAAGUUCAGAGGUCCUCAAUCUGUAUUUCUUGCUGAAGCAGCUUUAGGCGCCCUGUGGUCUUUACUCUGGUUAAAGUAUGCUAGCGAUCCGCCUCGUUCUGAGCAUCCAAAAGCAACUGCUGCUGGCUUUGGGGAAACAUUACUACCCCUCAAAGGGAAUUUAAAGAUGAAACUGGAGAAUGGAGUACAUUCUAGCAGAAGUCCCAAAAUCCCUUGGAAGCGAAUUGUCUUCUGCCUACCAGUUUGGGCAAUUGUUGUGAACAAUUUCACUUUUCAUUAUGCUCUCUAUGUGCUAAUGAACUGGCUUCCCACAUAUUUUGAACUGGGCCUCCAGCAUAGCCUUCAAGAAAUGGGGUCUUCCAAGAUGAUGCCUUACUUCAACAUGUUUGUGUUCUCAAAUAUUGGUGGGGUGGUUGCUGAUUACUUUAUUACGAGGAGAAUCUUUUCUGUAACUAAUACCAGAAAAAUUUUGAACACUGUGGGUUUCAUUAUAGCUUCUUUUGCAUUGAUGGCAAUUCCCACUUUUGGAACACCUGGCGGGGCUUUGUUUUGCUCAUCUAUUGCUCUUGGGUUCCUAGCUCUUGGAAGAGCCGGGUUUGCUGUCAAUCACAUGGAUAUUGCUCCAAAGUAUGCUGGAAUUCUUAUGGGUGUUUCCAAUACAGCUGGUACAUUAGCUGGCAUUGUGGGUGUUGAUCUUACCGGUCGACUACUUGAAGCUGCUAAAAGUGCUGAACUAGAUCUUACAAGUCCAGAUAGUUGGACAGCGGUUUUUUAUAUUCCAGGGUUCCUCUGCAUUUUCAGCUCUUUAGCUUUUAUAUUAUUGUCAACGGGAGAGAGAAUUUUCGACUGAGGAGAACCUAAGGUGCUUGUGCAUUGAUUCUGUGGCUCAUUUUAAUGUGUAUUUAUGAAAAGUGUUUCUUGGAGAUAUAUUUCGACAAGUCAUAGGGUUACAGAAUUGUUAUAACAUUGUUAUACUUGGCUAUGGUACUUGUUAAAGUAUAUGGCCAACUCUCUGAUAUGUGGUAAUUAUCAUCAAUGAAGUUCACAUAAGAUGUCCUCUACAGCCUAAUUGCAAGUUCACUGACAGGAGUAAUCAGAUGCAUAGAUUCUUUUUAAGAUUUUGGAUUAUUUUUGCAGCUAGAACAUUGUCAAAUUGCUGUAAUGUGUUAGAUUUCUUGAUUUUCCCAUUGUAUUUGCACACUAACAAUGAAUUUCAUGUUUUCUGUAUUGCCAUUGUUUUAAAAUUUUGUAUAAACGAGAAUGCAGCAGCUAGUAUGCAGAA